CAUAUCAACUUGCUAAUACCGUCUCUUGUUACCUGCUCACAAUGGCCUCGUUUUCAUUCAAGUUUACUCUGCUAAGCCUUCUGGCUAUCUUCGCCAAUUCUUGGAUGGCCAUAGCACGAGAUCCGGAUAUUUUAACAGAUUUCAUAGUGCCACCAAAUCUGAAUGGAAGUGAGAUCACCGGUCACUUCUUUACCUACCAUCUUAACACAACUGGAAACGGAGGUCCAGACGCACGAGAAACCGAUGUCACAAUGGAUGAGUUCCCAGCUCUUAAUGGCCAAGGUGUUUCACUUGCUGUUUAUACUUUCCCUCCACGUAGCGCAUAUCCAACUCAUAUUCAUCCUCGUGCUUCUGAGCUAUUUCUUGUCACCAAAGGCAAGGUUGAGGUUGGUCUUGUGGAUACCGCUAACAAGCUCUACAAAAACUCCCUUGGAGCUGGGGAUGUGUUUCUGUUCCCAAAGGGACUAGUACACUAUCAGUACAAUGCUCUUUCUAGAGCAUCAGCAUCAGCUGUUUCUUUCUUUGGUAGUGCCAGUCCUGGAGAAGUUUCACUUCCUACAACUUUGUUUGCAACUGGUAUUGAUGAUGGAAUUCUCGCAAAGAUAUUCAAGACUGAUGUUCCUACCAUUCAGAAACUCAAGAGUGGUCUUGCAACACCCAGGUUUUAG